GGGAACGGGGAUGGCCGGCCCCGUGGCCCCGGUGUGGCUCUGCAUCUGGUGGGGCCUGCUGGCUAGGCAGGCCUGGGGCAUGAACUACCCUCCCCGGUACAGCCUGUACACGGGGGCUGGCCUGCCGUUCACGCAGCUCCAAAGCACGGCUCAAGCACCCAACGGUGCCCGGGUGGCCAGCCGCCACAGGAACUGGUGUGCCUACGUGGUGUCACGUAGUGUGAGCUGCGUGGUAGAGGAUGGCGUCGACACCUACGUGAAGCCGGACUACCAACCAUGUGUCUGGGGGCAGAUCCAGUGCCCCCGUGUUGUCAUGUACCGGAGUUUCAUGCGCCCCCGCUACAAGGUGGCCUACAAAACAGUGUCGGACAUGGAGUGGCGGUGCUGCCCUGGCUACACGGGGGACGACUGUGCCGAAGGGGGGACACCGCUCACCACCACCCGGCCACGACCGCAGCCCGGACGACCCAACCUGUCUGGCUUCAGCAACACGCUCAGUGGCCUGGGCGGAGAAGGGCAAAGGGACUCAGAGAAGGUGCAACAGCUGGAAGAGAAAGUGCAAAGCCUCACCAAGCAGUUGCAUGACCUACAGUCCACCAUACAGGCCAGCAACACCAAGCUAGCGGAAGACAUACGCAAGGCGGUAGAGUCCUCUUUGAAUGGCAAGCAGCCCGCAGAUGCAGCUGCACAUCCUGAGAUGAAAGAGACCCUCAACGAGAUCCAGCGUCACCUGCAGCGCCUUGACAACCGCAUCUCCAACCACGAGAACGGCCAGGGCCCCGGAGGCGACGGAGCGGAUGUACGUGGCGAGGUCCUACGGGAGGUAGAACAGCGAUUGCAGGAGUCGUGCGCGUCCUGCCUGACGGGUGUGGAAGGGCUGCGGCGGCAGCAAGAGGAGGACCGUGAACGCAUGAGAGCGGUGGAGAAGCUGGUCACAUCCAUGGACCAACGGAACCGCGAGGCUAUGAACGCCGUCCAACAGCACCUGAGCAGCCUUGCUCGGCAGCUGCCCAAGGACUGCUGCCACCAGCUGGAAGACCGGGUGAACGGGCUGGAGCACCGCCUGGAUGGCAUCGCGGACUCUCUUGCUGGGCUGAAGGAGCACAGAGGAGGAGGAGGCCAGGGACCACAGUCCCUUCCUCCUUACCAGAGCAUGGACAGACACAUAUCUGAGAUAGAGGGGCGCAUCAACAGCACACAGCGCAGCAUGAUGGAGCGCAUUUUUGAUAUUCAGACCAUGCAGGAGGGAGCGGACGAGCGGCUCCGCAGAGCUGAGGGGCAGCUGGAUUUCUUCUUCUCCCGCCUCAACGACUUCCAGAAUCACGUCAACCGGGCCCUGGCCAACCUGUCACGGGACACGGGGGGGCUGAAGGACAGCGUCCUGCAGCAGCAAGGGGCUCUGGAGCGGGUGCGCGGGGUGGUGCACACUUGCACCCAGAUCUGCACUCCGCCCGGCAGCCAGGACUCCCAGAUUAGCACCAUCCUGAGCGACCUGGGGCGCCGGGUGCUGGACAACGAGGCCCAGCUGCGACUGCUGGGCUCCUCCAUCCACCAGCUUGACGUGUCUGGCAAGCUGCAGAACUUGCGGGGCCUGGUGGGGGCCAACACGGAAGCCCUCGGCAAGCUGGCUGGGGAGAUCGGCGAGCUAGAGAACAGGCUGGUGGUUUCCAUAAGUGCCGGGCCGCCGGACCUGGUACUUUAUUCCAACCGCACCAACAAGCGCCUGGAGCAGCUAGAGAAAGAGAUCCAGGGCUUGGAAGGCGACAGCUGCAGCCAGACUUGCUCCGAGCUGAAAGGGGAGGUGGGGCAGCUCAGGGAGCAGGUUGUGAUCUGUCAGGCAGCCUGCCAGCCAAUGGGGAGGAGGGAAGAGCUGGACAAAGAGCAGGUGGACGCCACGAAGCCCUUGGACGGCUUCAGCGUGAUCGGCGGCAGCUCCAGCGUCCACCUCAAGUCCCUGCAGGGCGAGUUGUCCGAGGUGAUAUUGAGCUUCAGCGCCCUCAACGAGACCCUGGCCGGGCUGCAGGCCACGGUGGAGAAGCACCAGACGGACAUCCACGAGCUGGGCACCACCAAAGACCACAUCAUCGAAGAGAUCAACCGCGUGCAGCAGGAGGUGACGGAGCACGUCAGUGAGAGCGAGGAGCGUUUCCAGGUGCUGGGCCGCGAGAUCCACCAGUUCGGCGGCACUCUGCAAGUGGAGGCCUCGGACUGCCGGCGGGCCUCUGGGGGCCUGGCGGAGCGGCUCGCUAAGCUCGAGGGCACCUGCGAGCGGCUGGACGAUGUGUCCGGGAGCCUGCGGAAGAUUAAGGAAGGGCUGGACAAGCAUGUCACAGCCUUGUGGAGCUGCCUUCACGAGGUGAACGGGACCCUGCGCAACCACGGGGCCCUGCUGGACAAGAUACACGGUAGCCACCUGGGCACCAUUCACCGCCGCCUCAGUACCCUAAACGGAUCUCUCCAGACCCUGCAGGGUCAACUGCAUGACCUCAUGCUUCAGGACUUGACAGGACGUCCAGGGCUCCCAGGACUACAGGGUCCCACAGGGAUACCGGGUCUCCCAGGUCCAAUUGGGCCUCCUGGUAAGGAUGGAAGGACUGGCCCCGUGGGUCCCCCAGGUUUCCCUGGAGAGCAAGGGCUGCCAGGUCCCGCCGGAAGGGUACCCCAAGUCUCCUUCGCUGCAGCGUUAACCUCCCGGCACGUGGAGACCGGAACCAUCCCCUUUGACAGGGUGCUGGUGAACGACGGCAAUUUCUACGACCCUGACUCAGGGAUCUUCACGGCUCCUGUUUCAGGCCGCUACCUGGUCAGCGCCAUCCUGACUGGUCACAGGGGCGAGAAGAUCGAGGCGGUGCUGUCCCGUUCCAACCAGGCAAUCGCCCGCAGCGACUCAGCCGGGUAUCAGCCCGAAGGCCUGGAGAACAAGCCUGUGGCUGAAAUCCAGCCAAGCACAGGCGCCUUGGCGGUCUUCACCCUCGUCGUCCCCAUGGAGGCUGGCGAGACCCUCUGCGUGGAUCUGGUUUCCGGCCGGCUGGCCCGCUCUCUGGAUGAACCACUGACCGUCUUUAGCGGAGCCUUGCUCUACGAGGAGGCGGAGGGGAUCUAGGCGGAAGGUGGGGAGAGCCCUCAGCUCAGCCUAGAAAGGGACCAAAGAGGAACUUCUUGGCUUGCUGACCCAGAUGACCUCCUUUCCUGUGGCUUCUGAGCUGGGGGCCUGGGGAACUUCCAGCAGCCCAGCGUUAAGGUCACAGCUUGGGAGCAGGAGCCCCAAGGAAAAGGG